GCCUCAAAACCCUUCUCUUCUUCUCCUUUCCCUUCUCUAGCGGCGACGAACUAUGGAUUUCUCCCCCAUUCUUCUUCUCCAAGCUUGCAACCCCCUUCUCUUCUGCUUUUCUCUUCUCCAACAAUCACAAGCAACAAGUUUCUUCUUCCUUGCUGCUGUCCUGCUUCUCGGCAACAUCGUCGGAGCUCCUCGGAGUGUGCCGGAGCUCGCCGGACCACUAGGAAAGGGGGGAAAACAAAGCCCUAGUUGCUCUCUCCUUUUCCCCUCCAACAGCAGCACCUUGCAACCUUUUGUCUUCUGCAACAGCAGCCCUAGCUGCUGUCCUUUUCUUGGCAGCACCGUCGGAGUUCGCCGGAGCUCGCCAGAGCUAGCUGAGGCGGCCAACGACGAAGGGAAAAUAACCCUAGUUGAUGUCCUCAUUUCCAGCAGCCACACAAACUCCUUAGAAGACACGAGCUCGAGUGGAGCGCGGUGACCUGCCGACACCCGCAGAUUUUGCUGUAUAUAAGGUGGAUACAUCUACUAUUGUAUAUUUCCUUGUGCAUGAAUAAAUAUAUAAAUUGUAUUAUGUAUAUGUUGUAUCAUUGUUUUCAAAAAUUGGAAUUAAAAUGAUACUUAAAUAGUGAAAUGGGUAUUAAAUAAUUAAAUCAUUGGAGGGUAAAUAAGUGAUAUUAUUUCUUGUUCAUAUGUCGGUUCAUAUUGGGAUUGAUAUGGGAAGG